CGUCGAGGUCAGUACUUUUCUUUGCACAGGACGAAACUGAGGACGUCUCGUCCAAGGCCCAAGGAGACUUAGGGACAAAGCUGGGAAAUUAUACUCACAUCGCAGCUUCUGGGCCACGGGUUCUUUUCGUGUCCCUCGCGGGAAGACAGACGGAGCCCCUGUUCUUCUUUGCAUCCACUGACGGAACUCAUGCUAGACGGUCACCGGAGAGGCUGGCGGAACGAAGGUCGGAGACUCCUCCUGCGGGGACCCAGAAAAAGAUAGCGACCAGGAGUCGGCGCAGCCGGAAACGGCUCGGGGAGAGCGGGGAUUGGACGCAGCCGCGGCCAAGCUUCCGGAAGUUGAAGUUUUGUUACCGAGGGGGAGCUUUUCCGAGUCGGACCGGACCCGGGACAGUGUGAAAUGAACAUCUUUGGCUCAAGUGUGAUACUCUUUACGUUUAUUUUCUGGUGAGAUCAGAAAGUUAAAGGCUAAGAUGGAGUGCCGUUUAAUUAAUACCAUAAGUAACCUGUGGUCCAAAAAAUUCUUGGUAUUCUGCUUCUAGAUGUCUCUUGGGGAAUCUACCCCUAAACGUGCACCAUAACCAGCUUCAUCUGUACAACCAGGGGACCAGCCACCUCCCUUGGCUCUUUUCCAAGAAUGGUAAAGAACUCAGCCAGCCGGGUUAGAAAGACAGCAUCUCAUGAGAAUGCUAAAUGUGCUUUUGGGACGGAAUUUUCUAGUUCUAUAGUUGUAUACUUUUCUUACUAGAAUUAAUUUUCGUACAUGUUAGCAAGGAUACUUGUUAAUGAAAUGAGUUGUAAUGUUAACUUUUAAAUAAAAGAAAUUUAUUGGUCUUUCCAGUUUUUGCAGUAGACUCCCGCUUGUCUGUGAAAUGCAGUUAACACAUCAGUUGGACCUAUUUCCCGAAUGCAGGGUGACCCUUCUCUUAUUUAAAGAUGUAAAAAAUGCUGGCGACUUGAGAAGAAAGGCCAUGGAAGGAGCCAUCAGUGGCUCAUUAAUAAAUCCUACAGUGAUUGUUGAUCCAUUUCAGAUACUUGUAGCAGCAAACAAAGCAGUUCACCUCUACAAACUGGGAAAAAUGAAGACAAGAACUUUGUCUACUGAAAUUAUUUUCAACCUUUCUCCAAAUAACAAUAUUUCAGAGGCUUUGAAAAACUUUGGUAUCUCAGCAAAUGACACUUCAAUUCUAAUUGUUUACAUUGAAGAAGGAGAAGAACAAAUAAAUCAAGAACACCUCAUAUCUCAAGUAGAAGGUCAUCAGGUUUCUCUGGCCAGUCUUCCUGAGAUAACAAAUAUCACAGAAGUCAGAAAGAUAUAUAAACUAUCUUCACAAGAAGAAAGUAUUGGGACAUUAUUAGAUGGUACCAUUUGUAGAAUGUCAACAAAAGAUGUUUUAUGAAAUGUUAGAAAUAACCAGAAUUUUCAGCAUUUUAAAAAAAAUUAAUUU